AUCUUCAGACUCCACAUGAUACAUUCUCUGUCACCCUCAACGACCUUGAGGCCAAAGUGAUUAGCCUACAUGUAGCAUUCAUUUAUUUCUGCUUUGUGCGUGUGUGUGUGUUUUGCUGGGGCGUGGGUGCACUCCAUGGCAAUGAGAAUCUUACUGAGGGCUGAUGCGGCUCCUCGCAUCCUAUCCUCCCCUUCCACGGGCCUUGGUUCCUCCCCCUCUCCUCCGGUCUUUGGUUGCCAUGGCGAUGACGUAAAGUUGCACCACCGAUUUAGCCCAGUAGCCGGUCUUAGAGGCGGUGCAAGAAAUCCCGGACAAUCGACUGCAGGAACCAUCAUCUUGUGAAUCUCGGCUGCUCGGUUUUCCUUCUCCCUCUCGACAAAUCCUCAUAUCCAUCUGUCCAAAAUGCGCGAAAUUGUGCAUUUACAAGCCGGUCAGUGCGGAAACCAGAUCGGAGCCAAGUUCUGGGAGGUGAUCAGUGAUGAGCAUGGCAUUGAUCCCACUGGUACUUACCAUGGAGACAGCGACCUGCAGCUAGACAGGAUCAGUGUCUAUUACAAUGAGGCCACAGGUGGAAAGUAUGUGCCCCGAGCCAUCCUGGUGGAUCUGGAGCCUGGUACGAUGGAUUCAGUCAGGUCCGGUCCCUUUGGGCAGAUCUUCAGACCUGACAACUUUGUCUUUGGUCAGAGUGGCGCUGGAAACAACUGGGCCAAGGGCCACUACACUGAGGGAGCCGAGUUGGUGGACUCCGUACUGGAUGUAGUGAGGAAAGAGGCUGAGAGCUGUGACUGCCUCCAGGGCUUUCAGCUCACUCACUCCCUGGGUGGCGGUACCGGCUCUGGCAUGGGCACCCUGCUCAUCAGCAAGAUCCGUGAGGAAUACCCCGACCGCAUCAUGAACACCUUCAGUGUUGUGCCUUCUCCCAAAGUGUCUGACACUGUGGUGGAGCCCUACAACGCCACUCUCUCUGUCCACCAGCUCGUGGAGAACACAGAUGAGACCUACUGCAUUGACAAUGAAGCUCUCUAUGAUAUAUGCUUCCGCACGCUUAAACUCACUACCCCCACUUACGGAGAUCUCAACCAUUUGGUGUCCGCCACCAUGAGUGGGGUGACCACCUGUCUGCGAUUCCCCGGCCAGCUCAAUGCUGACCUCCGUAAACUAGCUGUCAACAUGGUGCCCUUCCCACGUCUGCACUUCUUCAUGCCGGGCUUCGCCCCACUCACCAGCAGGGGCAGCCAGCAGUAUCGCUCGCUGUCUGUGCCCGAGCUCACCCAGCAGAUGUUCGAUGCCAAGAACAUGAUGGCUGCCUGCGACCCACGUCACGGCCGCUACCUCACUGUUGCUGCAGUGUUCAGAGGCCGCAUGUCCAUGAAGGAAGUGGAUGAGCAGAUGUUGAAUGUGCAGAACAAGAACAGCAGCUACUUUGUUGAGUGGAUCCCGAACAAUGUGAAGACCGCCGUCUGUGACAUCCCACCCCGUGGCCUCAAAAUGGCAGCCACUUUUAUUGGCAACAGCACUGCCAUCCAGGAGCUGUUCAAGCGCAUCUCCGAGCAGUUCACCGCCAUGUUCCGCCGUAAGGCCUUCCUCCACUGGUACACUGGCGAGGGCAUGGAUGAGAUGGAGUUCACCGAGGCCGAAAGCAACAUGAACGACCUGGUGUCCGAGUACCAGCAAUACCAGGAUGCCACUGCUGAGGAGGGCGAGUUUGAGGAGGAGGGAGAGGAGGAAGUCGCCUAAAACCUCAGCCUACUCAGCUGCCAAAUCUAAUUUCACCUCUCCCAUACACCACCCCCAUUCUUUUCAUCCUUCUCCUUGAAUGGUCCGCCACAUUCUGAAAAACAUCCCAUCUAGAUCUAUGUUGCUCUCGUGCUAGACAGUGAUGAUAAUUGAUACUGAUAGUGAAGUUUUUGGUUAAAAUGUUUUUGUAUGUUGUGAAUGCACUGAAUUAUUGACAUCCUUGCAUCUGUCCUGUCAUUGCCUUGUGGAAUUCAAAAGCAAGCGAUCAUAACUGUGAAGCCUUGAAAUUGGAGGAUGAUUAAAAUCUGAUUAAAAGGCCAUUUUUA